AAGAAAUAUGUUUUGCAAUCCUGUUGAAGAGAGAAUAAGCAAAAGUGACCAAGAGAAACAGACUCACUGAGUCUGUUGAUUGAUUUAAAGUAGAUUUAUGUUUAAGUAGAAAACCACUCCAAAUGCAUACUUUAGGAAAGAUGUCAGCUUUAAGAUUACUGAUCUCCAUCAUUAUCAUGGUGUCUGCUUCAAGCAGUUCAUGUGUGGAUGGAAAGCAGGUGACACAGAAUUAUUCAAAAAUUGUUGCAGAAGUUAACAUUUCAUGGCCUGUACUGAUGGAUACAAAUGCUGUGCUUUGUUGCCCUCCUAUUGCGUUCAGAAAUUUGAUCGUAAUAACAUGGGAAAUAAUCAUAAGAGGCCAGCCUUCCUGCACAAAAGCCUACAGGAAAGAAACAAAUGAGACCAAGGAAGCCAACUGUACUGAUGAGAGAAUAACCUGGGUCUCCACACCUGAUCAGAAUUCGGACCUUCAGAUUCACCCAGUGGCCAUCACUCAUGACGGGUAUUACAGAUGUAUGAUGGUAACUCCUGAUGGGAUUUUCCAUCGUGGAUAUCACCUCCAAGUGCUAGUUACACCUGAAGUGACCCUGUUUGAAAGCAGGAAUAGAACUGCAGUAUGCAAGGCAGUUGCAGGGAAGCCAGCUGCUCAGAUCUCCUGGAUCCCAGAGGGGGAUUGUGCCACUAAGCAAGAAUACUGGGGCAAUGGCACAGUGACUGUUAAGAGUAUGUGCCACUGGGAGGGCCACAAUGUGUCUGCCGUGACCUGCCAUGUCUCCCAUUUGACUGGCAAUAAAAGUCUGUACAUAAAGUUGAAUUCACGUCUCAGAAGCUCAGGAUCUCCAGCAUUGGACUUACUGAUCAUUCUUUAUGUGAAACUCUCUCUUUUUGUGGUCGUUCUGGUCAUCACAGGAUUUGUUUUCUUCCAGAGGAUAAAUCAUGUCAGAAAAUCUCUUUAAAGAGGAAAGAAGGGUCUUCUUUUGCUUCUUCUCGUUGUCUCCUAGACUGCAACAUUGGUAAGGUGAGUGAUGGUCCAGCAGUCAACUUGGGCCAUGGAUGAUGUUGAGGAUAGAAGCCACUCAGUAGGAUAGAAGAAAAGAAAGAUGGAAGAAGUAUCCUAGGCUUGAUGACCAUGAAGUUUCCCUAUAAACUCGCAACCACCUAUUCGUUGACUUCUUUUGUGUGAGAGUGAAUAAAAUUUUGUUCAUGCCAGUGUUACUUUAGGUUUUACUCUACACGUAGCUAAACUUAAUCCUAAUUGAUACAAAUACCUAGUUUGUUAAUCUGAAGGCUUGCGUCAAUCUUGCUACAAAUUAUUUUCUACUCAUAUCCAUUUUCAUGUCCAAUUUUUGUUCUUCCCCUAGUGACAAUGAAAUAGAUAUUCCUACUCAUGUCCAGUUGUUAUGGUCUAUUUUCAUUCUGCCCAUAGAGGUAAUGAAAAGAGGUAACUUCAGAAGAUAGGAAUCAUAGGUAUGAGUAUUAUCUCUGUGACAGUUCAAGAAAAAUUGUUGGUUAUAUAAAUGCAAGGGAUGCUCUGGGCUUGUGCUUGAGAACUUGGAGAUACGUAAAAAUGAUCUAAUGGCCAAUCCCUAGAUGUGUGAAAACAUGUCAACAUUAUGGAAUUCAGAAGGAAGAUAAAGAUACUGUUAUGGGCUUUUAGAGAGAAUGUGAGUAGGAGAAACAGGAGAACUGAAAUCUAUGAAAUUUUCUUUGUAUUAAAUUUGUAUUAAUUCUUUUUUCCACUGGAUGGACUUUACUGUUUCUAGAAGAGAUUUAUGGGAAUUCAUGUUAUUUCUUUAUCCCAUUGUCACUGCCAUGAUUAGAUUGAAAGAGUAAAAAGCUACAGCGACUAUCCCCAUCCUCCCACUCCUAUAUAAAGAUAAAAAAACUCCACAUUUUUUUUCCUGAACACUCAUACGUGUUCAUAUAGAGCUGACCUUUGAACAACAUGGGGGUUAACAUGCAUGCUAACCCUCCAUGCAGUGGAAAACUUGCAUAUAACUUUUGACUCUCC